GUCGUCAUUAAGUUGGGUGAAGCCUCAUUUGGUAAACUCGCCCCAUGGCUCGGCAGUUGUUUAGCAACAUCAAAUAUAUCAUCUGACGGAGGAGAGGAGAGCUUAGUGGCUUGCUGGAAGCCGACACGUACGGACGUGGGUAGUGACGCUACCCUCUGUGACUCUGAAAUAACCCGUGUGAGAGGGGAAAAGCCAUGAAGUGCUGAAUUACAAAGUGUCGCGGGAGGUUUCGCCAACAUGGAUUCGAGGUCCAUUUCGCCCGAUUCGGUUCUGCCGAGGAGCAGCAGCAAGGGACACACCGAUGGGUCGGCGGCCGCCGCCUCGCCACUGAUCGCCACCAGCACAUCACCGAUGGAUCUGACUUACACCGUCGUCGGUAAAUUCAGCACCGACUCCCAGCGGCACCCGACCAGCACCAGCGGCACUAGCGGCACUCCCUCCCUCAGAUCGCCCCUCACAGACACCUCCGUCAGAUCGCCAGAAAGUCAGCAAAAUUCGCUUCAAAGCGAGGACAGCAUCCCGGAGUCCUACCAGAGAGAGGCGAAACAUCACACCGAGACCUCGCCGGGGGCGAAACACACCUCCUUCUCCGUGGAGGACAUCCUUGACCCCAACAAAUUCGUGGGUCGUCUACAGGUGACCUCCAACGAGGUCACCUCUUCCAUAGAUGACACGCGACUCCAGCCUGACACCUCCGCUCUCUGCGACUCAGAUUCGGAAGUGAGUGUGGGCGGCGGGGGCGGCAGUGACGAGGGCGGAGACGAUGACGGGGCCACGGACGAUGUAGAAGAGGCCGGAGGCGCCCCGAAGAAGCGGAGGUGCGACGCUGGCGGAGGCAAACCUCGAAGAGCCAGGACGGCCUUCACCUACGAACAGUUGGUGUCGCUGGAGAAUAAAUUUAAGCACACGAGGUAUCUGAGCGUGUGUGAGAGGCUCAAUCUCGCCCUGGCGCUCAACCUGACGGAGACGCAAGUCAAGAUUUGGUUCCAGAACCGCCGAACUAAGUGGAAAAAACAGAACCCCGGGUGUGAUGUCAACACACCCACCCAGCCGCCCAGUCCCCCGGGGCUCCUAUCGUACCACGGGGGAGGCUUCCUACCUCAGCCGGGGCCACCACUGCUAUGUCCGGCACCCUUGGCUUACCUAGGGGGCCACAGUGGCCCCGGAGGUGGGUUCCCAGCCCAGGGGGCCCUCACUGCUCUAUACCUCCACCACCUCAAGAACUGACAGGCCGCCCACCGCUAGGCCUAAGCCAGAAGGCCUAGCAACACCACCCCAUCGUAAAAAAGUUUUACCAAAGUACGUGUGUGCUUCUCGCAGCACGACA